AUUAUUAUUGAAUUAAAUAAACAUUAUCUUCAUUUUCUUAUAUUUAAUGAAUACAUCUUUUCUCAUUCUUCAUCCCUCCUCUAUUAAUUAAUCCUCCUUCAUGGACCUGCUUCUUUCUCAGUUUCAGAGCUCUUCCUAUCUUGGCUUACCUUGCUCGCUUUCAUCUUUUUAAGAACCCUAAAUUAUUAUCCAGCUAGUGUACUUUUCAAAUGCACUUUCUGUUCCAAUGAACAAGUGAAAUAAGAAGCCAAAGAGAGAUAGAGAGAGUGACAGGAAGAGAGAAGGUUUGAAAAUGCGUGUGAAGGAAAUGCACCCCUUGUGCUGUAUCUCGCUGGAAAGUCCGGGGAUCGGGAGCGACUCUCCGGAGCCCGACGCUGCCGCGUUGUCCAGGACGAGGAGUCUCCCGGCCGGUGGAUCUGACGGCAUUGCGCGGAGGGGAUCCGAGGCCACUGUGGCCGGAGUUCUCUACAAGUGGACCAAUUACGGCAAGGGAUGGAGAUCCCGCUGGUUCCUCCUUCGCAAUGGCGUCCUCUCUUAUGCCAAGAUCUGUUGGUCGGAAAACCUCAACCUCCUCUCUCCGGUGGAUGAGGUGCGCCUCAUCGGAGAAGUCACCGCCAACCGACUUGCCAGAGAUGCUGCUACCAUUCGGCGGAAGAGUCACAAACCUCCUUCCUCCUCUGCCGUAGUGCAUCUCAAGAUCUCGUCAUUCAGAGAGAGCAAGUCGGACGAUAGACGGUUCUAUAUAUUCACAGCAACAAAAACUCUCCAUCUGAGAACUGAUUCAAGGAAGGACCGUGUGGCGUGGAUUCAAGCUUUGGUUUCAACCCGAGAAUUAUAUCCACUUCGACCACUCAGCGACCAUCUCUCCCUCGCACCGAAUCAUAUAUCUGUAUCAACCGAAAGGCUUAAGAAACGCUUACUUGAAGAGGGUGGCAGUGAGAGCCUUGUCAAAGAGUGCGAGCAAAUCAUGUUUGCCGAGUUCUCUGAAUUACAAGAGCAACUUCAUAUACUAUGUCAAGAGCGAAGGAAUUUGCUUGAUACAAUAAGGCAGCUGGAGGCUGCUAAUAUUGAACCUGAGGCCUCUGCCUUGCACGACAGUGAAUACCAAUUAACGAAGAAUGGCUUUUCAAGUUUAGGACAUGGAAAAUAUAGCGAAUGCAGUACUACUGAAUCAUCGGACGAUAUUGAGAAACAGGAGAUGGAGGAAGUGUCAGAUGAAGAUGAAAUCUCAUAUUAUGACACUAAAGAGUACUUUACAGAACUUGGUUUUAGGUGUGGGUUCACAGGAGCUUUGGAUCCAAUGAGCAUGUCUGGGGAAGCUAAUACACAGUCCAUUGAUUUGGAGAACAAUCACGUUGGGGAGACGGUCAAUGGUUUUGGGUACCCUCAGAUAGCAAGGCGAAAGAAGCUUCCAGAUCCUGUUGAGAAGGAAAAGGGCGUUAGUCUUUGGUCAAUUAUCAAAGACAACGUGGGCAAAGAUCUCACACGAGUUUGUCUUCCUGUAUACUUUAAUGAGCCAAUUUCAUCUCUUCAGAAAUGUUUUGAGGACUUGGAGUACUCCUUUCUUCUCGAUAGAGCUUAUGAGUACGGGAAAGCGGGAAACGGUCUCCUUCGGGCCCUGAAUGUUGCUGCCUUUGCUGUUUCUGGAUAUGCAUCAUCCGAAGGUCGUCAUUGUAAACCCUUUAAUCCGUUGUUAGGGGAAACUUAUGAAGCGGAUUAUCCUGACAAAGGAGUUCGUUUCUUUUCCGAGAAGGUGAGUCACCAUCCAACUGUCGUUGCCUGCCACUGUCAAGGUAGAGGAUGGAAGUUUUGGGCCGACAGUAACAUUCGGUCAAAAUUUUGGGGAAGGUCAAUUCAGCUUGACCCAGUGGGUGUUCUGACCCUGGAGUUUGAUGACGGUGAAAUAUUUCAGUGGAGCAAGGUCACGACAACAAUUUAUAAUCUUAUCCUUGGGAAAAUAUAUUGCGAUCAUCAUGGAAACAUGGACAUCCGUGGUAAUCGCCAAUAUUCGUGCAGACUUAAGUUCAAAGAACAGGCGAUUCUUGAUCGAAAUCCUCACCAGGUGCAUGGCUUUGUUGAAGAUGUAACGGGAAAAAAGGUUGCCACAUUGUUUGGCAAGUGGGAUGACAGCAUGUAUUAUGUUAACGGUGAAGCGAAUGUGAAACCGAAAGAUUGCACUUUGUCAGACGCAAACUUGUUGUGGAAAAGGACUAAGCCACCUUCUAAUCUCACUCGGUACAAUCUGACAUCAUUUGCAAUCACACUGAAUGAGCUUACUCCCGGGCUAAAGGAGAAGCUUCCACCCACGGAUUCCAGGCUGAGACCAGAUCAGCGGCAUCUAGAGGAUGGGGAAUACGAGAAGGCUAAUAUCGAAAAACAAAGGUUGGAAAAGAGGCAAAGAAUGUCAAGGAAAAUGCAAGAAAAUGGAUGGCAGCCUAGGUGGUUCCGCAGAGAAGGUGACAACGGAACGUUUCGAUAUAUUGGCGGGUAUUGGGAAGCGAGAGCUCUAGGAAGAUGGAAUGGAUGCCCAAAUAUCUUCGGUGAAGUUUAUUAAGGAAAUUUUGAUCCUUUAGGUGCAUCUUGAUUUUAGUUCAGAUAGCGAUAAUAAUGAAUGCAAAAUUGUGUGUGGAGGGUUUCCUCGAACCUUCUUGCAUGGCAGCAAAUUAUUUUUGCUGAAUCGAAGGGAGGAGGGUAUCCUUUGGGAACCUUCGGAAACGAGGCUCUUUGCAGUUCUGGUAGGAGGACAGGUUUGUGGAUUGCCCUUGUCUUACACGAAUUUAAUAACAAAAACAAGGAAAGGGAUAUCAUAUACACAACAUCAGGCUAUUCCAUCUGAGAGUUACUUUCCGAACUUAAAUGAUUUUAAUCGCCUGCAGCUGCUGAAAUUUGUAAUUAGCCUAAUGGACCUAGCAUUACACGUACACAGCUUUUCAGCAGAAAGCACUAUACUGAGAAUAUCAACUGAGGCUGUUACUUCCACUAGAUGAGGAAUAUAUUUGAGCAAAGUUUUCAGCUUAGUAACACUUGUUUUAUUAGUUUGUCUAGAUUGUCAGUUUCUUUUUCUUAAAUUUUGCUAGUUAUGUAAUUAUUUGGGGUGUUAGCUCUAUCUUGAUCCUGAUAUAGUCACUGACUUAGCCGAAAGGCAAUCUAUUUAUUUCGUAUUUGUUUUGAUUUUCUAAUUAAUAAAUGGACGAGUUGUGUUA